AUGAUGUCAUACGCCGAGGUCGAAAAGAAUUCUGUGCACGAUGACACCGAUGCAUACGCACCAUCAGCAUGUUUCGAUCCACUCACGACAACUGCUUUCGAGUUGAAAGCGUUGUUGGAAUCAGGGAUAGUGACGAGUGUGGGAUUGGUCGAAAUAUAUUCAAAGCAAAUUGCAACGUAUGACGACUAUCUCCAAGCCGUCAUACAAGUGUCAACAACAGCGGCCCAGCAGGCCAGGGCACUUGAUGAAGAAAGACUAAACGGUCGGGUUCGUGGGCCUUUGCACGGAAUACCUAUCUUGCUCAAGGAUAACAUGGCGACGGUGGAGAAUCUCGGGCUCAACACAACUUGUGGAACCCCUGCUCUCGUGUCGUCCAAACAUAAGCAGAAUGCCACGAUUGUUGACAAGUUGCUGGAGGCUGGUCUCAUCAUCCUUGCCAAAACACAGCUCACAGAGGACAAUGCCAGUCGGCAUAUACCGCAGGAAACGUUGAUCCAAGCGAUACCCAACUUGGACACUCGAGCUGCGCUCUACGCUCUGCGCCCAACCAUGGGUCUUGUCUCCCAAGGAGGGAUAUUUCCUGCCUCAAGCUUCGUCGAUACGGCUGGGCCUAUGUGCAAAACGCCCCAGGACCUAGCCCUAUUGCUGGAUGUUCUAGCGGAUGACUAUCCUGGGAGAGGUGCAGCAGCUAGCUAUACUAGCUACCUCGAGGGGAGCUGGAAAGGUCUACGGGUGGGAACCUUGGAUCCAACUACUUGGCGGUUUGGUACCGAAGUGCAGAAGGAAAUCCGGGAGACGAAGGCUGCAUACGAGAUGAUUAAGCCACUCUGUGGAGCUUAUCACGAAAUUGACCUAAUAUCGCCGGCGAAGUUUGUUCAGGAUGGCAAACACAUCAUGAUGGAGGUUUUCAGCCCAGGCGAAAAGCGGAAGCGCACGCAGCUCUCUGAUUUGCGCGAUGACACAGAUUAUUCAGGCCAGGACGUCUUGCUCGCAUGCCAAGGGAAUCAAAUCGAUGCGACGACGGCAGAGUCGCUUUGGGGCAAGGCGCAGUCCAUUGGGCGCGAGCUUGGCAUCGACAAGGCCCUAAAUAACCUCGAAAUCGAUGUGAUACUUGCACCAUCCGACUCCACUUUCAGCCAGCUGGUGUCAGCCGCAGGUUAUCCCUCUGCAACAAUGCCAUUGUCGUAUCUUGAGUACAAUGGUCGGCCCUUUGGGGUUUCUGUCUUUUCCACAGCUUAUACUGAGCCAACACUAGUGAAGGUGUUGAGCGCAUGGGAAAAGACAUUUGGGCCACGGCAGCCGCCUAGGAUGCGAUUCGGACAGCAGGCGACGUCCAAAGUGUAG